CCUACAAAAGGGAAGAGUUGGGCAUGAGUUGUCACAGACACCUGGAUAGAAAGCGAGAGAAAGAGAGAGUAGUGGAGUGUGAAAGAGUAAAGGAGGGACACAACUUAUUAAUGAGUAACACACAUAUGUUGAUUUCCAAUUUCCUGCUUUAGCUCACAUUUAAAAGACGGGAAAGAGCAGACAAAAAGACACAAGCAAGUGAACCGCUGAACGAGUUUUCGCACCUCGACUUCUGUAGCAGACAGAUCCUCAAAAUGACUCGUUCCUUGAGAGAGGUGGUGAAGGAGUACAUCUCAGAGCGGCGGGUUCGCAAAUAUCGCCUGGUGACCAAAGAUGGCCGCUGCAACAUCGAGUUUGGCAACGUGAUGCACAGAAACCGCUUCGCCUACGUCCUUGACAUAUGGACCACCUUUGUGGAGACGCGAUGGCGGUUUGUCAUCUUGCACUUCGUGGCGUCCUUCACCCUCAGCUGGUUUAUCUUUGGCCUCCUCUGGUACUGGAUCGCCAGAGACCACGGCGACUUGAAGUGGCAGAAUCCACCCGAGAAUCAGACGGCUUGCGUCUACAGCGUCAAUAGCCUGACUUACGCUUUCCUCUUCUCGCUUGAGACCCAAACCACUAUUGGUUAUGGAAACGUGUACGUCACUGACGUCUGUCCUGGAGCUGUGGCUCUGAUUAUAAUUCAGAGUCUUAUGGGCGCCAUAAUCAACUGCUUCUGGGUCGGUGUAAUUAUGACCAAAAUUGCCCUUCCCAAGAAGAGAGCCAAGACCAUAACCUUCAGCGACUCUGCAGUUAUCUGCCCUAAAAAGGGCACCCUCUGCCUUCAGAUCCGCGUGGCGAACCUGCGCAAGACCUUAAUGAUCGGUAGCCAGAUUUACGGCAAACUCCUAAGGACCACCAUCACUCCUGAAGGUGAGACCAUCAUCUUGGACCAGGUCAGCAUUGACUUCAUGGUGGACGCCGGCAAGGACAACCUGUUUUUCGUGUGUCCAUUGACCCUAUACCACGUCAUCGACAAAACCAGCCCUUUCUUCGACAUGGCAGUGGACACUCUGCAUCAGCAGGAGUUUGAACUUGUGGUGUUUCUCGAUGGCACGGCCGAGUCCACCAGCUCUACUUGCCAGGUCAGGACUUCCUACAUCCCUCAGGAGAUCAUGUGGGGCUACGACUUCCUCCCGAUCAUAUCCCGCAGCAAAGAGGGAAAAUACCGAGUGGACUUUUCCAACUUCGCCAAGGUGGUGCCCGUACCAACUGCUCACUGUGCCUACUGCUACCACAACGAGGCAGGACACCAUCAUCACUCCAUCAACGGCAUUGAUAACCAGGGUUUUGAGGUGAUUGACAUUGAGACACCCAACAUAACCAAAAUGUAAAGCUUUUUGACUGACGUAUACUGAGCAACGUCACAAGGUCACCAUCUUGCACUGUACUAGAAACACUGGACACAAAUGCUUUUUGUCUCUCAUAGUGAGCACAAGAGGCAACAAGGGUUUUAUCUCUGGAAAACCCCCAUCCACCCACUGAAAAAUGAAGUGCAGUGGCAAUACUGUAAGAAUCUAUUUCUUUUACGAAAUGUAUUUAUUAUUUUAAAGAGCAACUAGUGGUCAAAACUCUUUGUCCUGAGAAGAUAUAUAAAAUAUAAAAGUGUGAAUUGUCCUUGAAGUGACGGUAGAACUGUCUUCUCUUACAGGGUCAUUGGGAGUGAGAGUAUUAACUGAAAGUUCAUUAAUAUGAGAUUGACUUUGAUUAAUGUCUCUCUGUAUAAAGUAUUUCAAAUACCAGUGAACCAGCAGAUGCUUUUACGCUCUGAAUCACUCUGGGAUUGUGCAUUUCUUUGUAAAUUAGUAGAUAUUGUUAAUAAUGCAUAUUGAAUGUGUAAAUGUCAUUUGUACUUUGUAAAUAUCACUUUUUUUUUAAA